GAUGCACGUGUGUGUGUGUGUGUGUGUGUGGCAAUAAAUUACCGUUGACAUUUGGUUGCAUGUAGUGCACGCCCUUCCGCUGUCAUUGCCACGCCCACUUGUUGCCACCCCAAAAACUAUCUGCCAUAUAAUCAUGAGGAGGCAAACACACACAUAUAAAGACUCAAAAUGUGCUAGAGGAUCGCUUUAGUACGCUGCAGAAUGUCCUCCCGCCUGGUGGUGGCUUUCAAUCGAACGGUCGUCGAGUAUUUCCGUAAGACGAGCCUCAAUGGAUUCGGUCUGUUGUAUUUCAUAAGGCGACGUCGCGUGCAGCGUAUAUUUUGGUUUUGCUUCAUCUGCUGUGUCUUGUUCUUUGCGGGAUAUGCGGUAUUUGCCAUGAUAUUGGAACUACUGGAUAACUCGACGAUAACAGUGCUUUCCGAGAGAGAUUUUGGGCAGCAUGGUGGCUUGAAGUUGCCUUCGAUUGGGCUCUGCAGUGGCCAUCGAUUCAGCAAGAGAAAGAUGCAGGAAUAUGCACAGAUGUUGGCCAAUUCCAGUGACAAAUCGUUGGGUUAUUGGUGGCAAAAGAUACAGUUACUUGAGGGCUACAUGGAUCCCAUGUCUGUGGAGGCAGCAGAGGCAAAAGAACUGCAAGAAUCUUUGGGAUUUUUGGGCGAUAUGCGGCUCCAUUUGUUGACUCUAUUGCCCGCCUGUGCUGCUUUGAUACUCAAAUGUCAGCAGAAUCGUGUAACCAUCAAUUGUUCAGAGAUAUUUCAGCUGCAAGCCACACAUUAUGGACACUGUUGUGUCUUAAGGGACAGGCAUAUCACGGGUGAACUUUUCCUGUCGCUGGACACCUCCCAUGAAGAUGAAUUUCCAAUGGAAAAGAGCAGCAGUUCUCCCGGUUUCCAUUUGCAUAUUUCCAGUUGGUUGGGCCGAAUAACCAUUGGGCAGGGUGAAAAUUCACUCGUGGAAGUGAAUGUCAUGGAACUUGAGGCUAAUGCGCAGCUACGCGAAUAUCCUGUGAAUAGACGUGACUGUUAUUUUCGCCAUGAGGGUGACAGCCGGGAAAAGUGUCUGCAGGAGUGCAGGAUCAAGGCCUCUCUAAUGAAUUGCCAGUGUGUGCCAUAUCCCUUUGAGCGAGAUGCGAAAUUAAAGCAAAAGUAUUGCACGCUAGAGGACAUUGCCUGUCUGCAAAUGGUACAGGCGAAUUGGUCACCCAAUCAGUGUACGCAUUGCCUGCCGCUCUGCAAUCAAAUGUUGUACAGUCUGCACAAAAGUAUCCUCGGCUAUAUGCAUCCCUUUAGGAGCACGCUUGUGCUACGCUUUAGGGCUCCCCGCUGGAGCAAUUAUGCGCAGGAUAAACACUAUCAUUGGUACCAGAUUUUGUCAAAUAUUGGCGGUGUUUUGGGCAUUUGCAUUGGCUGUUCGUUCAUCAGUGGCUUUGAGUUGAUUUACUUUAUGGUCUUUCGCUUUUGGUCAAACUUUCGGCAGCAGCAGCAGCAGCAAAUAAACUAA